UACCUCAAAAAUGGGGAAAGUAAUGUUCCCGUACCACAAUGCAACUACUCAACUUAGCAUCAACCCUACCAUCAUAAUUACACAUAAAGUGAUAACUCAAGACAUCAACCUCAUUCUUCCCAUGACCUUAAGAUGACUAUGACUUACUCAUUUAUGCUCUCAAAAUUUACAUGACUUACUAGCCACAACCUUCUCAUCCUUUGGUUUCUUCAUAGUACAUUUCCUCUUAUGCCUUCUUUAGUCUAAAAAGAUAGCAUUCUUACAUAGUUUCUGUUUCUACCGUCGAAUGGAAAUCGGUUAUAAAAUGAUGGGCUUAUUGAAAAAUGGAACCUUGAUAUUGUAUAUGUUAAUGCUCCUUUUGUUAAGAACCUACCAAGCCAAAGAUCAACACAUUCAGAAGAUAUAUCCCGGAUUCAGUGCAUCUCGUUUGGAUUGGAAUGACAAUAACGGUUUCUUCUUACUAUCCAACAACUCAGCUUUUGCUUUUGGAUUCUUUACAACUCUUGAUGUAUCGUUGUUUGUUUUAGUAGUCAUUCAUUUGAGUAGCUACAAAGUUGUUUGGACUGCAAAUAGAGGCUUGCUUGUUAAAAACUCUGACAAAUGUGUGUUUAACCAUAGUGGAAAUAUUUAUUUGGAAAGUGGAAAUGGUUUUGUUUGGGAAACAAACACAGCAGGACAAAAAGUUAGGGACAUGGAAUUGUUGGAUUCAGGAAAUUUGGUUUUGUUUGGUGAAAAUGGGAAAGCUAUUUGGCAAAGUUUUAGCCAUCCUACUGAUACACUUUUACCUGGUCAAUCCUUUGUUGAAGGAAUGACUCUUAAAAGUUUCCCGAAUCGAAUGAACUUGUUUCAUUUUCUAGGUUAUAUACAAGGUGAUUUGGUUCUCUAUGCAGGUUUUGAAACUACACAAUUGUAUUGGUCUUUAAUGGGAGAAGUUGGUAAUAGAACUCGAAAAAAUGUUACAGGUAAGACUAAUAAGGUUCACUAUGCUUCUUUGGUUUCUAAUUCAUGGAACUUCUAUGAUAAAAAUGGAAUUUUGGUUUGGAAAACUGUAUUUUCUGAUCAUUCAGAUCCCAAGUCAUUUUAUGCUGCUAUUUUGGAUCCAAAUGGUGCAAUCUCUUUUUAUGAUCUUAACAAAGGAAAAUCUACUAAUCCUGAGGUAUUUAAAUUACCACAAGACCCUUGUGGAGUUCCCGAGCCUUGUGAUCCUUACUAUGUUUGUUUCUUUGCGAAUUGGUGUGAAUGCCCUUCCCUUCUACGAUCGCGUUUCAAUUGCAAACCUCCUAACAUCUCAGCAUGUUCUCCUAGGAGUUCAACAGAACUUCUUUAUGUUGGUGAACAUCUUGAUUAUUUUGCACUUAAGUAUGAUGCACCUGUUUUGAAAUCAACCUUGAAUUCAUGCAAAGAUGCUUGUGUAAAAAACUGUUCUUGCCUUGUGCUUUUCUAUGAAAACAGUACUGGUAGAUGCUUUCAUUUUGAUCAGACCGGGAGCUUCCAACGGUUUAAAGGGAGCACUGGUGGUUAUGUUUCAUAUAUGAAGGUUUCAACUGAUAGUGGUGGCAAUGAUGGCAGCAGUAGCGGAAAGAAGAACAUGCUGCUAGUUUUUGUUAUAGUGAUUCUCACAGUUCUUGUUAUAGCUGGUCUUAUAACUGGAUUUUGGUGCUACAAGAAGAAGAAAAGUUUUGAUGAGUAUCCUCAAGAAACUUUAGAGGAAGAUGAUUUCUUUGAUGGUCUCUCUAAUAUGCCAGCACGUUUUACCUAUAGUGCACUUGCUAGAGCAACCAAGGACUUCUCGACGAAAAUCGGUGAAGGAGGAUUCGGCUCGGUGUAUCUUGGAUUACUUGAAGAUGACACACAAUUGGCAGUGAAAAAAUUGGAAGGAGUUGGACAAGGAGCAAAAGAGUUCAAAGCAGAAGUAUCCAUAAUUGGAAGUAUUCACCAUGUUCAUCUUGUCAAGCUUAAAGGGUUUUGCGCCGAAGGUCCUCAUCGCCUUCUUGUGUAUGAAUAUAUGGCAAGAGGGUCUUUGGAUAAAUGGAUCUUCAAAAACAGUGAAAACACUUUGUUGUUGACUUGGGAAACAAGGUACAAUAUUGCAAUAGGAACUGCUAAGGGAUUGGCCUAUCUUCAUGAGGAGUGUGAAGUGAGGAUCAUACACUGUGAUAUCAAACCACAAAAUGUUCUUCUUGAUGAUAAUUUCAUGGCUAAGGUUUCGGAUUUUGGAUUGGCAAAGCUAAUGAGCAGAGAACAAAGCCAUGUAUUCACAACUCUUAGGGGAACAAGAGGGUAUUUAGCACCAGAAUGGAUAACUAACUACGCGAUUUCGGAGAAGAGUGAUGUGUUCAGCUAUGGAAUGCUUUUGCUUGAGAUUGUUGGAGGAAGAAAAAACUAUGAUCAAUGGGAAGGAGCAGAGAAAGCACAUUUUCCUUCUUAUGUAUCAAGAAUGAUGGAGGAAGGAAAAAUAAGAGAAGUUAUUGACCAAAAGAUAGAUAUUGAUGAUAAAGAUGAAAGUGUUGUGACUGCUCUUAAAGUUGCUCUUUGGUGUAUACAAGAUGAUAUGAAUUUGAGACCUUCCAUGAGUAAAGUUGUUCAAAUGCUUGAAGGUUUGUGUCUUGUAAAUGAUCCACCUUCUUUAUUACAAUCAAGUACUUAUUCAGCUUACUUGAAAAUGAGUAGUGGAGAAGCUAGUUCAUCAGGACAAGCUAGUUUUUAUAGCAAUGUGCCCUUGUCUUGUGUUCAGUUAUCAGGACCAAGAUAAAAUAUGCAUUGCACUAUGUGUUUGAGAUUUGUUAGAACUAGUUCAAUAUUGUUGAAAAUAGUUAGUAGUUAGUUAUGAUUAGUUUUCAUUUGGUUAUAUUUGUUACUUUAUGAUCACUAUUUAAAGUGAUCAUACAUUGUAAUCUAAAUAAAAAUAACAUUAUAGUA